AUGGUGUCACCCGCUAUUGCUCUUGCGUUCCUCCCUCUGCUUGUGACUCUGAUCAUCAGAUACCGGUAUUACUUAGUUCUGUUCUACCGCGCUGUGCUGGUGCGUGUGAUACAGGACUGCCUGACAGGCCUCAGCCGUGAGGAACGGGCAUUCCAGUACGUGCUGACCCAUGCAACCCCGGGGGAUCCUGACAGCAUCCUAGACACCUUUGACUACUGGUGCAGCAAAAUCGAGUUCAUCAGCAACAUUGGACCCAAGAAAGGUAAGGUCCUGGACAAGUUACUGAAGGAGACCAAUCCUCUGACAGUACUGGAGUUGGGCACACACUGUGGGUACAGCACUGUACGCAUUGCCCGCUCACUGCCUAUUGGUGCCAGGCUCUACUCUGUGGAGAUGGAUGAACGCAAUGCCCUCGUGGCCGAGAAAAUCAUUCGCCUGGCUGGCUUUGAUGAUGACACGGUGGAGUUAAUUGUGAGCCCCUCAGAUGAGGUCAUCCCCAAGUUGCGGGAGGAGUACGGUGUGGAGCGGCUCGACUUUGUCUUCAUGGACCACUGGAAGCGCUGCUACCUGCCGGACCUGCAGCUUCUGGAGGGCAGCGGGCUCCUCGGAGAGGGCACUGUGAUCCUAGCAGACAAUGUGAUCUUCCCCGGGGCACCCAAUUUCUUGCGCCACGUCAAGAGGAGUGGACUGUAUGAGUAUCGUGUGCACCGUGCCACACUGGAGUACAUACGUGGUAUCCGCGACGGCAUGGCUGAGCUAAUCUACCUUGGGGCCAAGUGA